UAUGAGGAGCAGCAGCGCCCUCUGCUGGCUGACUGUAAUAACUGCCGUCUAUCAACGGUGGUGGAAACGUCAUCACAUAGCGACAAUAUAUUUCUUCUUUUUCAAAUGCUGAAAAUGAGGCUCAACAUUUCUUUUUAAAACUAGGAUUUGAUUUGGGGAAUUUGGCGAGGGAAUUUUACGAGAAAGUUUUCAUCUCAACGUGUCAGUUUUCUUUAUGUACAAAAUAAAAGUUACCGGCGGAAGUCCCCUGUCCGUUUGUAAACACAUGGCUUGUUGUCGUGUCUGACGCUCAGUUAUGGCAAAAGUCUUUGAGCUAAAGUUUCCAGGAGGAUGUGAGAGUCUUCCUGAGGGGUUCUGGUCAGCGGUGGACGUGUGGAUAAAGAAACCUCACGUUGUAAACAAACGUCUCUGCGGAGUGAAGCAGACGGAGAGUCAAGAAGUGGGCAGAGAGGCUCUGCUGCUCCUGCUGCAGGAGCCUGAAGAGGAUCAGGAUGUCUUUAACUUCAUCACCUGCACACUCUCACCUGCACAGACACACGAGCAGGAAGACCUCUGGUCCUCCAGUGUCAGGACAUUUAUUCCUAAAGUCAACAGCUAUGGGACAACCCUGCAUAAAGAGCUGAUACUCAAAGACUUUGGCAGACAACAAGUGACCUUUCUACCCUUUGAGGAGGAUUCAGAAGGACAGGUGUCUCUAAAGAGAGGAAACAUUUAUCAGCUGCAGCUCCUCCAUCUCCACUCUGAAGAAUGGGCGUUGCAGCUGCAUGUCCUGGCUGCAGACGCCUGGUUCUCUGACGGCGUGGCGUACCCGAAGCUGGCCUGGCUGUCCUCCGACCUGCUGAUCAGACUGCAGCGCUGGGCCUCCGAGAGCUGCAGCAGCCAGUUCAGCAGCACUCUGUCUCUGCUGCCGCUGGAGAAGUACAGCGCCACCUACCAGCAGCUGAAGGACAAGUACAAAGCCAUGGUCAAGGUUUGGCCCGAGGUGACAGAUCCUGAGAAGUUUGUUUAUGAGGAUGUCGCCAUCGCUACGUAUCUCCUCGUGCUGUGGGCUGAGGAGCGAGCAGAGAAGAGUCUCAGCAGCAGACAGUCCUUCGUGGACCUCGGCUGUGGGAACGGCCUGCUGGUCCACAUCCUGACCAAUGAGGGGCAUCCCGGGAAGGGCCUGGAUGUCCGGAGGAGGAAGAUCUGGGACAUGUUCGGCCCCCAGACGCUGCUCGAGGAAAAGGCAAUUACUCCCAGCGAGAGCUUCUUAUUCCCGGCUACGGACUGGCUGAUUGGGAACCACUCGGACGAGCUCACGCCGUGGAUCCCCAUUAUCGCUGCCAGGUCUUCUUACUCCUGCCGUUACUUUGUGCUUCCCUGCUGCUUCUUCGACUUUUAUGCAAAAUACCAGAGACGCCAGUGCAAGAAGUCUCAGUAUAAAGAAUACAUCGACUUCAUCUCUGAAGUCAGCCGAGUCAGCGGCUUCAACACUGAAGAGGACUGCCUGAGAAUACCGUCCACCAAACGGGUGUGUUUGGUGGGAAAGUCGAGAAACUACCAGCUCUCUGACGAGGCCGAGGCAGAGCAGCGAAGAGCUCGUUUCAUCCAGAGCCGCCAGAUUGCCUCUGGGGCUGCAGUUCAAAGGUCAGACAUCAGAAAUGACGGGGCCUGUUGCCACGGGAACAAAGACACCGACGGGACCCCCGACAGCAGCUGGGGAGCGGGCUUCCAGCCCAGAGAUAAGGUCGAAACGGUUCGAAACUGCGCCUCCCUCCCGCGGGACUUCGUUGACAGCGUUGUCCUGCAGGUUGCAAACGUUCUUCUGGGAAUGACUGAAGAUGACGGCGGGUCCUCCGAUGACUGGAACCAAGGAGGUAGCCUGGCUGUGAGCGAGGUGGCCGGGCUGUUGGAGCAGGAGACCCUGCAGCUCCUGAAGAAGGAAUGUGGAGGCCUUCAGACGCUGCUCAAGAAUAACCACCAAGUGUUUAGAGUGGAAGGAGGGAGGGUGUACAUAAGAGACUGGCGGGACAGGAAGUCCUCCAGGGCGGAUACCAAGAGGAAGCCCGUGGCGCCUGGUGCCCUAAAAACUCGGCCCUGCUGGUUCUUUGAGCACCAUCCGCAGCGCUGCCCCCUGCAGGCUGGAAGCUGCGCCUUCGCCCACGGACCCGAGGAACUCCGCCCCUCGACCAGACCUCUGAAGAAGAUGAAAAACGAAGCCCUGUGAUUGGCUCUUUUCCCCUGAACAUUUUAUCAUUUAUUUAGUUUUUAAACUUUUCUUCUAAUUAAAAGUUUUCCAUGAACCUCCUGGAAAUGUCCUCAUCUCUGCAGCCACAAAAAAGACAAAGUUCAGGUCCAAGCAGUGAGCCAGAAUGUGAUGCUUCCUGGUCCAGCACUGUUGGAGCUCACUGCCACCUCUGGGUUAAGUUGCUGCUGGAAUUUAAUUUCAAGGGAUUCUUUUGUCUUUCUUUUCAUUUACGUAAGAAAUUGACUUUUGUUAAGCUCAAAAAAAUGUACACUUACUAUAUAUUAAAGUGUACUUAAAGCUA